AUGGAAGAAAGAAAUCACUCUUUUCGCUACGUAGAGACUUAUGAGUCCUCAAGGCCAGAUUCACCUAUAUCUAUGAACGACAGUAUGAUGAAAUUUCAAUAUAUUGAUGAAGCCAUACCGCUUCUCGCAUAUAACCAAGAAAUCGCAAAAUAUUCAAUCAAUGAUGUAGCCAUGGACUUUUUAAAAUCAUUAUCGGCGCCAAUUUCUAUUGUCGCAAUUACAGGUAUGAAUAGAACCGGAAAAUCUUACUUUUUAAACAGAGUUUUGCUCAACUGUAAAAAUGGAUUUAAUAUUGCUGCAUCGGCUAGUCCUUGCACAAAAGGAGUUUGGGUUUGGGGAAGGCCCUUGACAGGAACAACCACAGAAGGUGAAACUUGUAGUGUCGUUUUAAUGGACACUGAAGGACUUAAGAUUUUUGGCAAGGACACUGACCAUGAUACAAGAAUUUUCUCACUGGCUACCCUUUUAAGUUCUUAUCUUAUCUAUAACUCAUUUGGCUCUAUUGAUGAAAAUUCUAUAGAAAACCUUUCUUUUAUAUCAAGCCUGACCCAAAAAAUCCAAAUCAAAUCUCAGCAGACUGAAGAAAUCAGCAUUGAAGAAUAUGGGUCACAUUUCCCAACUUUUUUGUGGGUAGUCAGAGAUUUUUCUUCACAGUUAAUUAACUCAGAAGGUGAUAUAAUUUCAGCUAAAGAGUAUCUAGAACUGUCUUUACAGCCACAAAAAGGAGCUUCGAGUACAAUUGAUAAUAAAAAUAAAACCAGAAGAUUUAUAAAAGAAUUUUUUAAAGAAAGAGACUGUUGCACUUUGGUAAAACCAACUGAUAAAGAUGAAGAUAUAGAAAAUUUAAAAGAAAAAGAAUUUGAAGAUUUAAAGCUAGAAUUUGUAGAGAAAAUUGUAUAUAUAAAAAUGGCGUGGCAAAUCAACCCAAACUACUAACACCUGGAGUUGGGAGAUUCAGGGACCUUGUGGAAGGGAGGUUUGGCGUUCGGGAUGUGUAUCCGGCCAGGUUUUAAUUGGUUUGGUGGAGCGCUAUGUCAGAGUUUGCGGACCGCAGGCUCAUGUCCAGUCAAGAUUUUAACUCGGAGGAAGAUGGAGUUCGGAGUUGGGAAGGGGUGUCUCAGCAAUGCCAGUGAGAUUCCUUCUAGUUGAUUGGGAACGUUCCCUAGCGCGAUACCAGGCGUUGAGUCCUGGAUUACAAAAUUUUCAUUUUGGCCAGGUGACCAGAAAAAUUUGUUUUUUCGAAUUUUCUAGAAGCCAAACUCUGUUGGUCAAACUUUUCGACUACUAGGGAGCAUGCGCAGGCCAAUUUCUGGUAAGAACAAGACUUUGAAGGUCGAAAGACGAUUGCUAGCUAACAAACAAGUGGAGCUUUAUGGAAGGGAAUAAGGAUCUUCUGAUCCCAACAGGGAGCUUUUCUAUAAUCUCCCUAAUUCUAAGUAGAGCAAAUUGUAGCUGCAAGAAAAAAAAUACUCGGGAAAUGCAAAGUAAAGACAAUAAAUGGGAAAGCCAUUAAUGGACAAAUGCUUACACAUUUAGUAGAAGCUUAUAUAAAAGCCAUAAACCAUGGAGAAGCAUUAAAUGCAGAAAAUGCCUGGAUUUAUAUAUGCAAAACUGAGUGCACAAAAAGCUUACAAAAUGCUCAAGAUAUUUAUGAAAAAAUAUUCUUUUAUAAAUUGAUUAAAAUAAAUAAAUAUUCACAGAUCCUAUAUUUAAUUUUAAAUCAUUUACUAACAAGCAGCAUUUCUAAUAGAUUCCCAAUCAGUGAAGAAGAACUAAAACUUAUUCACAAAGAGGCUAAAGAAGCUGCUUUAGAGCAUUUCGAGCUUAAAGCUAUAGGUGACGAAAAAUUAAAUUAUUUAAAGCAGCUUAAAGAAAGCUUACAAGAAAAAUAUUAUUCAAUUAAAAGUGACAAUGAACUAGAAACUAAAAGAAAAGCAACAGAAUUUUUAACAGAUAAUUACUCAAUUGUAGACUCAAAAUUAAGGAAAGGAGAAUUUAAAUAUUUUAUCGAUUAUGACAAAAGCAUGAAAUCUUUUCAAAAAUUCUUUUUAGAGCAUGGCCCUGAAGGCCCAGCCCGUAGAGAAAUUUUAUUGGAUUUCUGUAUGAAUAAAAUAUCAUCUACAAGUGAUUUUUUUAUAAAAACGACUUCUAAUGAGCUUGAUAUGAUUAUUCAUACAAAAUCAGAAAAAAUAUCCCAGCUGGAAAAUGAUAUAAAAGAAAUUAAAGAAGAUUUUGCUAGAGAGCGUGAUGAAUUUCAGAGGAAAAUCACAAAAAUGGAAGCAGAAAAGGCGGAGCUUACAGUAAAAGAACAGAGCAUGAGAGAACAAAUUUUGUCGCUCAAAAGUGAAAGAGACAGUUUAGAUAAAGAAAUGAGAUCUGCUUUAAAAAACGUACGAACCGAAAAUUCCCAGCAGCUUGAAAACGCAAAUACAAAAGUGUGGGAAUAUGAAGAAAAAAUGAAAGAAAUGGAAAGAAUUCUCCAUCAGCAGGUUGCUGAUUUCCAAGAAGAAAAAGCUUUAUUUGACCAAAAAAUAAAAUAUUUAGAAUUAACUUUAGAAGAAUCCAGAAGAAGAGAAAAAGAGAUCAUGAAUGAAUUAAAAAACCAGAAAAAAGACCAUAAUCUCUCUAUAAAAGAUUUACAGUCAAGAUAUGAAAAUCAAUUGAAAUUUUACCAAUCAAGACUUGACGCAGAAUCUGAAAGAUUUAAUGAGCUUGAAAGAGAAUAUGAAGAAAAAGAAAACGAAUUCGACAGAGAAAAAGCGGAAUUAGAAGAAAGCGAAAUAAGAAAUAAAUCAAUUAUUAGCGAGAUGACCCUGCAAAUUGAAAAUUUCAAGCAAAAACUUGAAAGGAAAGAUAUUGAAUUUAAGAAAAAAAUAAAUGACUCGAAUAGAGAGCAUGAAAUAAGUUUGCAGAAAAUGAAAAAUAAAGCUGAAGAUUUUGAGAAAAAAUAUCAAAAUGUUGAUGAGAAUUAUAAAUCAUCACUAGUACAAUGGCAAAAAGAAAAUGCUGUACUUGCACAGAAGCUGGAAUUUGCUGAACAAUACUUGCAGGAGUCUAAAAAACAGCUGGAGGAUGAAAGAAAGCAGCAUGAAAAUAUGAUAAGAUCUAUACAAGCAGGAACAUCAGUAAACUCUGAAGAGGCUGAAACUCAGCUCGCAAAAUUAAAAAAACAAUACUAUGAUGAUACGAAAAAUUUGGAAAUUGAAAAUGAUAAUUUACGUAAAAGGCUAAGCCAGCAGCUUGAAGAAAUUAUUCAAAAAUACAAUGAGCUUGAAUUAAAAUCAAAAAUUGAUACAUCAAAUUGGGCAGAAAAAGAAAUCCAAUUUCAAGAAGAUAUCGAAAAUUUAUUAACCCCAUUGUAAUUCAAAAAAAAUUGGCAAAAUUUCCAUUUUUUUGGGGGUUAGAUUAAUUUAAUUUAAAUUAAAAAAUAAUUUUAUAUUCUAUAGGCAAAAAUAAUAAUUAGCUUUAGUACCCAUUUUAAUAUCUAAAAAUAAAAAAUUCACCUUAUUAACUCCUAUGUAAAUUAGAAUAGAUUUUUGUUCCAAUUUAAAAGGGGAGUAAAUGAAAAAACCCAGCUUCAAGACCAAGUCAGCGAUUUAUUGAAAAAAGUGAAUUCUUCUAUCCAAGAUGCAGAAGAAAAAUUCAAAAAAAGAAUAAAAGCAUUAGAAAAUCAAUUAGAAGAAACUAAGUCAAAACAUGGCGAAGAAGUCCAUGCAGGAAAUUUAAGAGCAGAGCAAUCUUAUCAGCAACUUAAAAUAUUUUAUGAAGAAGAAAAAAAUAGGCUUGAAUUUAGGUUAAAAGAAGAAAAAGAGAAAUCCGAAAAAAAAUACAAAAUUAUGAGUGAAGAAUACGAAGACCGAAUAAGACAAAAUGAAGACCUCUUUGAUGAAGAGUUGACAGCCAAAGAAGAUGAAAUGCAUGAAUUAGAAGAAUAUUACAAAGAGCAAGUAAAUAUGCUUACUCAUCAGUCUGGCUUAGAUACACAAAAAAUAGAAACUUUAGAAAAAGUUUUAAAAGAAACUAAAGAAAAUUUAGAAAAUAUCCAAAAAACAAAUGCUCAAGCAAUAGAACAGCUACAAGAGAAAUUUACAUCAGAAAGAAAUACACUACUGGAAAAAGUAGAAAAACAGGCUAAUGAUAUUGGGGUAAGAGAGCGCGAGGUAGAAUCUCUUAAUUUCAAAAAAGAUCAGCUUGAGUCUCAGCUUUCUAAUAAAGAAGCUGAGCUAGAGGACACAAAAUCCCUCUAUGAAAAAGAAAAGCAAAUUAUUGCUGAAAGGCUAGAAAACCUAAAAAUUGCUUAUCAAAAAAUAUCUGAUGAAUUAAAUCAAAAGAAAAGUGACUCUAAACGAGAAAUGGCUUUAGCACAGCAAGACAGCGAGUUUAAAGCAAAAAGAAUUUUAGAGCUUGAAAAAUCUUUGCAUGAUGCUGAAGAUAAAUAUAGUGAAACCGUAAAAAACCUAAAAGAUGAAUCAGGUCAAGAACUGUCUUCUACAAUAGCAAAACUUACACAAGUAAAAGAAAACCUUGAAGAAAAAUUAGAACAAAGAAAAAAACAGCUUAAAGAUAUAGCAGCAAGUAGCUCAAAACAAAUCAGCAGCCUGGAAAAAGAAAAAGCAGUACUUUCAGAAAAACUGGUAAACCUUGAUAUGAAAAAAAAUGAUAUGGAAAAACAAUAUAAACAAGAAAUAGAAAAUUUGCAAAUUCAGCUUAAAGGUAAAAAAGACAAUGAAAGUACUGGCAUGAUGGAAAUCCAGCUGGAAAAUGAAAGAUUGAAGACUCGUAUACAAGAAAUUGAAAAAGAUAAUGCAGAGAGAACUUCUGCGACAGAAAGAGAAAGAAUUUUAUGGGAAAAUAAAUUUUCGUUUUUAAUACAGCAAAGAGAUCAAGAAAAAAAUAAUCUUGCAGAAUUUCAAAAAAAAUUCGAGGCAACUAUUGAACAAUUUCAAAAACAAAAAGCUCUGGAUAGAGAAAAACAAGAAAUUGCAAAUAAAACGAUGAUUGAUUCAAUAGAAUCAAGAUAUUCCUCACAAAUAAAAGACAUGCAAGAAAAUCAUGCCUCAACUACAUCAGAUUUAACAGAAAAAGUAAAAAAUCAAGAAAAAGAAAUCAGAAGUUUAAGAGAAGAAAUUGAGCUUGAAAAACGAGGGAGAAAUUCUCAGUCUGGAAAUAUGGAGAAGCGUCUGCAGGAAUUAACAGAAAAUGAAAUAAAAAUACUUAAUGAAUUAGAUAAUACUAAGAAAGACAGGGAUACAAGAAUCGAAGAAUGGCAAGAAAAAUUCAAUUCUGAAGUAAAUUUACUCAGAACAAAGCUUUCUGAAUAUGAAAAGCGUGCCAAGGAAUCCGAGCAACAGAGAAGUCAACUUUUUAUUGAUCUAGAAAAAGAAAGAGCAAAAUGAAGCAUGGAAAAAGACCAUUUAAUUUCUCAAAAAAAUCAAGCACUUGAUUCCUUAGAAGCUUUGGAAAAGCGAAAAGAGCUGCUUUUAAGAGAAAAUGAAAAGCUUCGAGCUGAUAAAGGAAGCCGCAGACAGGCAUCAGGAAAUUUCAUGAGGAGAGCUGAAGGGACUAAAGAAUUCAAACAAGGUGCUGCUUCUUUAUUUGGGCAAGCAGGAAUCACGUUUGAAGAAUUUUCUAAAGAUAUAUCUUCCACAGACACAACAGGCCAAAAAACCCCAAGUAGCUCCACAACAGGAGAGGCAAGUCCUAAGCCUCCACUUUUUGCAUUUAGGACAAAUAGCCCAUCAAAUCGCAAUAGGCCAGUAAUUCAAUUUGAAAAGAAGUCUGAAGGGAAUUAA